GUCUCCUUGUGGGUACUCUUGAUGUUGUGUUGGACUCCAGUGCCAGAGUGGCACCAUAUCGAAUCCUCUACCAAGCACCAGACUCCUUGGUCUAUUGGACUAUCGCCUGCGGUUGCUCAAGGAAGGAAAUCACCGAACACUGGGAAUGGCUUGAACAGAAUUUGUUGCAAACUCUUUCAAUCUUUGAAAAUGAGAAUGACAUAAAUACAUUUGUCAGAGGAAAAAUACAGGGCAUCAUUGCGGAGUACAACAAAAUCAAUGGCAUCAAGGAGGACGAUGAUACAGAAAAAUUUAAGGAAGCCAUAGUGAAAUUUCACAAGCUGUUUGGGAUGCCGGAAGAAGAGAAAUUAGUGAACUACUACUCCUGCAGUUACUGGAAGGGGAAGGUUCCCCGUCAGGGCUGGGUGUAUCUCAGCAUUAAUCACCUUUGCUUUUACUCUUUCCUCAUGGGCAGGGAAGCAAAGCUAGUUAUCCGCUGGGUCGAUAUCACUCAACUUGAGAAGAAUGCUACGCUGCUGUUCCCUGAUAUGAUCAAAGUGAGCACAAGGUCAAGCGAACACUUCUUCUCGGUAUUCCUUAAUAUCAGUGAGACAUUUAAACUAAUGGAACAGCUUGCCAAUAUAGCUAUGCGGCAGCUUUUGGACAAUGAAGGAUUUGAACAAGACAGGUCAUUACCCAAACUGAAGAAGAAAUCCCCCAAGAAAGUAUCUGCACUAAAACGGGAUCUUGAUGCCAGAGCAAAGAGUGAGAGAUACCGUGCAUUGUUCCGACUUCCUAAGGAUGAGAAACUAGAUGGACACACAGACUGUACUCUCUGGACUCCAUUCAACAAAAUGCACAUUUUGGGUCAGAUGUUUGUUUCUACAAACUACAUUUGCUUUACUAGUAAAGAAGAGAACUUGUGCAGCCUUAUUAUCCCUCUUCGAGAGGUGACAAUAGUCGAAAAGGCAGACAGCUCCAGUGUGUUGCCCAGCCCGUUAUCAAUCAGCACGAAAAACAGAAUGACGUUCCUCUUUGCCAACCUGAAAGACAGAGACUUUCUUGUGCAGAGGAUCUCAGACUUUCUGCAACAAACCACUUCAAAAAUAUACUUGGAAAAAAAUAUUUGUGGAAGCUAUAUCAGCUCAGAUGAUGAGGUGUUUACCAGAUCAAGUAGUCUAAUUUCUGCCAGCCCUCAUAAAAGCCUCAGCUCUGAGUCGGAGGGAGAACGACAGUUCAACCUCAAUGAUAACGGCAUUCCAACAGCAACUCAAGCUUUAAUGACGAUGUAUCGGCGGAGGUCACCUGAGGAGUUCAUACAUGUACUGGCUAAAGAGUUUUUGAAGGAACAGGCCUGGAAAAUUCACUUUGCUGAAUAUGGCCAAGGAGUCUGUAUGUAUCGUACAGAGAAAACCAGAGACCUUGUGCUGAAGGGCAUUCCAGAAAGCAUGAGAGGGGAACUUUGGCUGCUAUUUUCAGGAGCCAUAAAUGAAAUGGCCACUCAUCCUGGCUAUUACGAGGACCUAGUGGAGAAAUCAAUGGGGAAGUACAAUCUUGCUACAGAAGAGAUAGAGAGGGAUCUGCACCGCUCCCUUCCAGAACACCCUGCGUUCCAGAAUGAGAUGGGUAUUGCUGCUCUGAGGAGAGUCUUGACAGCUUAUGCAUUUAGAAAUCCAAACAUAGGAUAUUGUCAGGCUAUGAAUAUUGUCACUUCAGUACUCCUCCUUUAUGCUAAAGAGGAGGAAGCUUUUUGGCUGCUGGUGGCUCUGUGCGAACGCAUGCUACCUGACUACUACAACACAAGAGUUGUUGGAGCAUUGGUGGAUCAGGGUGUCUUUGAAGAGUUGGCUCAUGACUAUGUUCCACAGCUUUAUGACUGCAUGCAGGACUUGGGUGUGAUAUCCACCAUUUCCCUGUCCUGGUUCCUCACUCUUUUCCUCAGUGUAAUGCCUUUUGAGAGUGCAGUGGUGGUGGUGGAUUGUUUCUUCUGUGAAGGAAUAAAGGUGAUAUUUCAAUUAGCACUCGCUGUCCUCGAUGCUAAUGUAGACAAGCUGCUGAACUGUAAAGACGACGGAGAAGCCAUGACAGUCUUGGGAAGGUAUCUGGACAGUGUAACUAAUAAGGACAGCACUCUUCCACCCAUUCCUCAUCUUCACUCCCUGCUCAGUGAUGAUGUAGAGCCUUAUCCUGAGGUGGAUAUCUUCAGACUCAUCAGGUCUUCCUAUGAGAAAUUUGGAAGUAUCCGAGCAGAUUUAAUUGAACAGAUGAGAUUCAAACAAAGGCUGAAAGUUAUCCAAACCCUUGAAGAUACUACGAAGCGCAAUGUAGUACGAACUAUUGUGACAGAGACUUCUUUUACUAUCGAUGAACUGGAGGAACUGUAUGCUCUUUUCAAGGCAGAACAUCUGACUAGCUGCUACUGGGGAGGAAACAGCAAUGCCAUUGACCGGCAUGAUCCCAGCCUGCCUUACCUGGAGCAAUACCGUAUUGACUUUGAGCAGUUCAAGGGGAUGUUCGCUCUCCUCUUCCCUUGGGCAUGUGGAACUCAUUCUGACGUAUUAGCUGCACGCUUAUUCAGGCUUCUGGAUGAAAACGGAGACUUGCUCAUCAACUUCCGUGAAUUCGUCUCUGGUCUAAGUGCAGCAUGCCAUGGAGAUCUUACAGAGAAGCUGAAGCUACUGUAUAAAAUGCAUGUUUUGCCUGAUCCAUCCCCUGAGCAAGAGGAGCCAGACUCUGCUUUUGAGGCCACUCAGUACUUUUUUGAAGACAUCACACCAGAAUGUACACACGUUGUUGGCCUGGACAGCAGGAGCAAACAAGGAGUAGAUGAUGGGUUUGUUACAGUGAGCCUGAAAACAGAGAGAGGCAAGAAGAGCUCACAGGAGAAUCGAAAUUACCUGAGGAUGUGGAGCCAAGAGAAUAAAUCCAAAGCAAAAAACGCAAAGGACUUGCCCAAACUGAAUCAGGGGCAGUUCAUUGAACUGUGCAAGACCAUGUACAACAUGUUCAGCGAAGACCCCAACGAACAAGACCUGUACCACGCCACCGCUGCCGUCACCAGCUUGCUUUUGGAGAUAGGGGAGGUUGGUAAGCUUUUCAGCAUGCAGCCCCCGAAAGAGACGGACGGCGGCAGCAAGACUGUUCAGAGCGAGCUGUUUCAGAAGAAGGACCACCAGCAGUACCCCCUUGAACAGCACAAGCCGUUCCAAAGCAGCCUCGUUGCCAGCGACGAGGAGGCCGCUUGCGCCGACAACGCCCUGGGCAUGCAGAUGGAAGACAUUAAGCUCGAAGAUUCUUCUCCCAGGGACAACGGAGCCUGUUCUUCCAUGCUCAUUUCCGAUGACGACACAAAAGACGAUAGCUCGAUGUCCUCCUACUCGGUGCUGAGCGCAGGCUCGCACGAAGAAGAGAAGCUGCACUGCGAGGACAUCGGUGAAGACACCGUUUUGGUACGGAGCAACCACACCACUUCUCUUCGCAGAAGCACGAGCAUUGACAGGGACUGGGCCAUCACCUUUGAACAGUUUUUAGCCUCCCUUUUGACUGAGCCAGCCCUGGUUAGGUACUUUGACAAGCCUGUGUCCAUGAUGGCCAGGAUUACUAAUGCUAAAAACGUGAGGAUGAUGGGGAAACCGAUAACCUCAGCCAGUGACUACGAAAUCUCUACUAUGUCGGGAUGA